AUGCUGUCUGACGGGCGCCCCAGCUCGGCGCCCGACCCGCGCCAGCUCACGGGGGGCGGCGGUUUGGCGGCGGCGCGCGGGGCCGCGGCUGCGGCAGCUGCCGGGGCGCGCUCUCUGCUGCAAGAUGCCCAGGCGGCGCCCCGCGUGCACAGGCCCGCGAGCGCGUCUGCCGACGACGGCCGCGGGCGCUGCGCGCCUGGCCGCCCAGCAUCGUCUGGCCGCCUCGACGGCGCUGACGCGCACGCGCCAAGCAGCCGAGGCGGCGCCGCGGGCUGCGAGGCGCUGGAUGCGGCGGUGGCGCAGAGACAGCAGGUCAGCGGCGGCGGCAGCGGCGGCAAGGGCGUGCAGCCUGCACCUCCAGCAGCCGGCGAGGGUAGCGGAGGCGGCGGCCACCCUGUGUCCGCAAAGAAGCGCCCUGGCGGCCGCGGCGCCCGGCUGCUGCAGCAGGCGGCCAGCAUGCCCGGCCAGCGGCUGCUGUGCUUCCUGCCUGCCGCGGCGCCGGCGGCGGCCGCGGCUGCGGCCGCGACCACGCCGCUGCCGCGCGGGCCGCGGGACGCGCCGACCGGCAUGAACAGCGAGAUUCGAGAGGUCCUGCGCACGAUCCAACAGAUGCCCCAGACGCAGAGCGCCGGGGCCCCCAGCCGCAAGCGCGGCAGCCCCGACGCAUCCGCUUUCAUCACUGCCUCGGCCGCGGCCGCUCACCUGUCGCCGUGCGGCGGCGCCGCCGCCCUUCACUUCAGCAGCGACCGGCGGGCCUCGUUCAGCGGCGGCAAGGGCGCCGGCUGCGGCCGCGGCGGCGAUGGCAGCGAUGACAAGUACCGUGUCAUCGGCGGCGCCCGCGGCUGCUGCAGCGGCGACGAGGAGGACGAAGAGGAGGAGGAGGAAGACGAGGAGACGAUCGAGCGGCGCCUGGCGGCGCGCAUCGCAAGUCACCGCUCCAAGCGGCUGCGGCGCCUGAUGGGGGCCGUGCCUGCGGCCAGCCAGCCCCGUUGGCUGGUGUAA